AUUAAAUGGCAAGCCAGCUGCCAAGGCGCCAGAACCGAACUCUGUCACAGCCUCAAUUAUUACGCGCCGUGCCUGGCUGAGGUUAAACGGCGAUUUAUUUUUAGCAAAAGAGUCUAAUGAAUCUUGAGCAGACUCCAACACUUCAAAUACUUCAAAUGUUUCUUUGCGCAUUAUUACAAAACCAGUCUGCUAUUGCAAGAACAAUAAUCAACCACCAGGACUAAGAUCUUCCCCAUACUCACUGUCACAACUCACCCCCGCAGCGAUAACCGUAUCAGCCGCGCCACCAUGCCAUUGAGGGACCUCCUCCACAAACGCGACACCAGCGAUGCCCGCCCAUCGCAAGAAUUCAAAUUUGUUCGCACAGACACUCACACGCAAGAAAUCCUGAACCCACCCUCCUUCGACGGCAGCAGCCAACAAGUCGACGACCCCUCGUCCCUAUCGCCUCGCCGCAAGUCGUUCUUCCGGCGCCACUCGCGCUCUGACUCAAGCCAUCAGCAUCCUCACAACCCUGCCGAGGAGAAAGAAAAAGAAAAAGGCGAGCGCCGAAUAUCGAGUUUCCUGCACCUCGACCGCUCAUUGGCGAGAAGCAAUAGCACGAGCUCAGUCAACAUCCCCGCAGACUUGCCGCAAGUCCAAGACGAUCUUGCGGAGCAGGAUCGAGAGGCACAAUGGGAGAAGAGAGCGACGAGGCUGGUGCAGGGCAAUCCGAUGCUGCAGGAUCGGCCGAGGAGUAGGAGUAAUUCGACGGUUAAUGAGCCGCAGGGCGAUCUUAAUAUUCAAGAGGCGAUUCGGCUGCAUGAGAAUGGAGAGCUGGAAAAGUCAACGAAAAUGUUUGGUAUCCUUGCAGAUCCCAACGGCGCGAAUAACGCAUUGGGUCAGGUUCUGUAUGGACUUGCACUGCGACAUGGCUGGGGAUGCGAGCCCAAUCCGACUAAAGCAGUCACAUAUCUCUCAGCAGCGGCGUCAAACUCUGCCUCAAUAGAAGCCGAAGCGCUGCAAGCAGGUGUGAAGAAAGGAGGAUCAGCCAAGGGCGAGCUCGUGCUCGCUAUCUUCGAACUGGCCAAUUGUUUUCGUAAUGGCUGGGGCAUCGAAAAGGACCCUGUCGCGGCCAGGCAGUACUACGAGACGGCCGCCAAUCUCGGCGACACCGACGCCAUGAACGAGGCUGCUUGGUGCUACUUGGAGGGGUUUGGGGGGAAGAAGGACAAGUUCACGGCAGCCAAAUAUUACCGUCUCGCGGAAGACCACGGGAACAAAACGUUGGGCAAUUCUUGGAUAUGGAAAGAGAAGUACAACCCAAAGUAACGACCAUAUCAUAGUGAAUUGGAUAUCUGAAUCCUCUGUUUCUAUUAUUUGCUUAUAUCGGCUUCAUCGACGUGAAAUUAGGUAGCGAUUCUUGGAAGUUUUAAAUUCUUCUUGUGAUGUAUUUCCUAGCAUGUUAAUAACUUUUGAUCUCCUUAUAUGGGUCACCUUUAUAUUCUACCAGGGAUGGCUCGGUGGAACAAUAGCAAAUGAGAGCCCAGAUAAAUACACACAAAAGACACCUGAAUAAAUAUAAGAAUGGUGAAUAGAGGCUAUUAUCAUCAAUCAGUCUAUCGAGGAACAAUAGAUCUGCUUGGAUAGCCCGGCUAGCCCGAUUGGGGCUGGCCGCCAUCCAGCUUGAGCUCCGGCCCACCCUCACUCGUGCCUUUCUUUUCUUAACCAGGC